CUCCUUUCCUUCCUCGUCCCUCCGUUUCUUUAUCUCUAUUCAUUGCCUGCACUCCUUUGAACAAUAUACCUGCUUAUCAUGGUGAGCACCGGCGAUGGCAUCGUCAAGCUGCCCCUGAAUGCAAAGCCCAUCCAACAAUCCCCACCUGCAAUGUAAUGCAAACAAACCCGCCACCUCAAUACCUGUGCCCACUGACCGCCGGCCUGCCAGCAUAUCUGGGAGUCUCUCGCGAGCCACUGAGCUUCUGCUAUCGUCCAGCCCGCGGUCCCACACUACAACGUCGCCCAUGAGCCGCGUUCUGCGCAAUGUCGCCGACGCCGACGACAGCGACUCGUCCUCGUCAACGAUUCACCGGAAGAAGCUGGAGAAGGCGGAAAUUGCGCGGCGCCUGAAGCGGCACCUGGUCACGCGUCCUGCCAGCAGCAAGCAGCGUGAUUCGGUGUCGUCGAACGUGCACGCCGGGUCGAUUGGUUACACCAGUAUCAACGACUACAGCGGGUACGCAGGUGACACCAACGAGUACUAUGACGACGACAACGACGACAUUGACGACACAAACCGCGAGGUGGUUGACCCUUUGACGCUGCCGUCGGGCGACAUUACGCACCAAAUUUACCGCUGGCAGAAGCAGCAGCAACAACAGCAAAGCAACAGUGAGGCGCCCCUGGCGGAGGAUGCUCGUAGAGACUCGGUCAGCAGACGUCGGUCGUUUUCGGGAUGGGACUCCGACUCGGAGUGGAAUCUGGGAUACACCCGUGAUCAGAUCAACGUGCCUGGUGGGUUCCGCCGCCAGUUCAUGCAGGAGCGCGCUGGCCGCCAAGGACUCGCGCCGCCGGGGCUGUUGACCGAGAGUUUCAUCGACUUUAUUGCUCUGUAUGGCCAUUUUGCCGGCGGAUACUACCUCAGUGACGAGGACGAAGAGUACCUCGACAGCCGGGUUGUGGCAGCAGCAGCGGACGAAGGCAGGGCGGAUGAGCGCACACCGCUGCGACGGACAGCCAGCAGCCUGCAGUCAUCGGCGUCAAACAAGAAGGCGUUCUUUUUGCUCAUGAAGGCGUUUGUCGGUACCGGCGUUCUGGUUCUUCCCCGUGCAUUCUACAAUGGCGGAUUGCUGACGUCGUCGUACGCCUGGCACUGCAUUCUCCUGCUGGCCGAGGUGUAUCUGAAGGUUGGCGGCAGCUACAGUGAAAUCGGACUGAAGCUGUAUGGGCGCACAAUGCAGUACGCGGUAACCGCAUCGAUUGUGCUGGCGCAAAUUGGCGGGUGCUGCGCGUACACCAUUUUCGUCGCGCAAAACUGGCGCAACGUGCGACACUGGGCACGAAAUUUCUGGGUGCUAAUUCAGCUGGUUGUAUUUGUACCGUUGGCGAUGAUCCGGCAGAUCAGGUACUUUGCGCCGGUUGCCAUGGUUGCCAACAUCCUGAUCGUGUCAAUCGCGCAGAAUGGUUCGGCGCCCAUCAUGCAUUACAAUCCGGUGCGGUUCCCACUGCUUGUGGGCACCGCCGUGUACUCGUUUGAGGGCAUAACGCUUGUUAUCCCGAUUCUGGAGAGCUUGAAAGAGAAAAAGGACUUUAGCUGGGUUCUCACAUCAGCAAUCACCCUGUGUCUGGGCCUGUUCCUGUGUGUUGGGUCACUGUCGUACAUGACCUUUGGCGACCGCGUCGAGGCUGUUGUAUUGCUGAACUUGCCUAACGAGUCGUCGUGGACCAUCCUAGUCCAGCUCUUCUACUCCGUGGCCAUAUUAUUCUCGAUGCCCCUACAGCUGUUUCCCGCAGUCAAGAUCGUCGAGGCCAUGAUGUUCGAGCGGUCGGGCCGCGACCAUGCCAGCGUAAAGUGGCAAAAGAACAUUUUCCGCACACUGACCGUCUUUUGCAUCUCGGCAUUUGCCAUUUUCGGCGCAGAUGAGCUGGACAAUGUCGUGUCGCUGGUCGGCUCGUUCUGUCUGGUGCCUCUGAGCUUCAUUUACCCGUCCAGCAUGCAUCUAAAGUCGAUAGCGCGCACCAAGUGGGAGCGUACCAAGGAUAUGGUGCUCAUUGCGGUAGGCGUGGUUGCACUCUUCUAUGUCACGUACAUUUCGAUUAUCACAUGGGGCACAUCUGACCCACCGCUGGAUAUCUGCAAGAGCACUCCAUAGACACACUUUUUUGUAUUCUCAUUAAACGCACAUUUGAUAGACAUUAUAGCAAAAAGAAUUA